AUGAAAUCCCCACCACCACCAUCCACGAAUCGAAGUAGUCUGUAUCCCGAUCAGGAUGUCCGAGUCAUCGUGCCAGCCAGUAUCGGAACAAUACAAACUGAGCGCCUUUACCUCCGAUUUAUUCAACUCUCUGAUGCUACUGAUAUCUUCGACUAUACCAGUCGUCAAGAUGUAGCUGACUUCCUGUGGCCUAAAAUCCCACACAUGGAUAUACAAGAGACAGAAGCCAUGAUCCAAAGAAAAACAUUCCAAACAGUAGAUGCAUCAGGAGCACUGGGACGAUGUUUCACAUUCGCUAUUAUCCAACGCGAUGAUCCUGCGCAGAAAGUCAUCGGUGCAGUGGGUAUCAACGCUCUUGUUCCAGCGCCCUCGGUGGGAUAUGGGAUUCAUCCUGAUUUCUGGGGAAAGGGAUACAUGAGUGAGGCAGUGGCAGGUGUUAUUGAUGCCUGGUGGAAACUUGAAAGGGAGUGUGGAGAGGAGGUGGAUCAGUCUGUGGAGAAGUUGUAUGCUGCAUGUAAUAAGGCGAAUGUGGGGAGUGUGAAGGUGCUUUUGAAGAAUGGAUUUACGAUUUAUGAGGAGAUUCCAUUGGAGGGUGAUACUGUUGCGUUGUUUUCGCUGGAGAGGUCAUGA